UGCUCACACAGAGCAGCUGUUGCCGUUCUGCCUUCGUCCCAUCCAGCCAUCACCAUGAGCCAGUCCUAUUCCUCCAGCCAGCGGCUCUCCUCAUACCGCCGUACCUUUGGUGGUGGGGCAGUUUCACCGUCCUUCCCCCGUGCCUCCUUUGGCAGCAAGGGCUCCUCGGCCAGCUCGGUCACCUCUCGGGUCUACCAGGUGUCCCGCGGUGCCGCACCACCCAGCUUAUCCAGCUUCCGCGCAAGCUACUCCGCUCCACUACGCUCGGCCUAUCAAGGUUCCGGUGAGCUCCUCGACUUUUCUCUAGCCGAUGCCAUGAACCAGGAGUUUCUGCAGACACGCACCAAUGAGAAGGUAGAGCUGCAGGAACUCAACGAUCGCUUUGCCAACUACAUUGAGAAGGUGCGUUUCUUGGAGCAGCAGAAUGCACUCAUGGUGGCCGAGGUAAACCGGCUCAAGGGCAAGGAGCCUACCCGUAUAGCCGAGAUGUAUGAAGAGGAGCUGAGGGAGCUGCGGCGCCAGGUGGAGAUUCUGACCAGCCAGCGAGCACGUGUGGAUGUGGAGCGGGACAAUCUACUGGAUGACCUCCAGAAACUGAAGCAAAGGCUGCAGGAGGAGAUCCAUCUUAAGGAAGAAGCAGAGAACAACUUAGCUGCCUUCAGAGCUGACGUUGAUGCAGCCACUCUGGCCCGUAUUGACUUGGAGAGGCGCAUUGAAUCCUUGCAGGAGGAAAUCGCAUUCCUCAAAAAGGUGCACGAAGAGGAAAUCCGGGAGUUGCAGUCACAGUUACAGGAGCAGCAGAUCCAAGUGGAGAUGGAUGUGCCGAAGCCAGACUUGACUGCAGCACUACGUGAUAUCCGAGCCCAGUAUGAGACCAUUGCUGCAAAGAACAUCUCUGAGGCUGAGGAGUGGUACAAGUCCAAGGUAUCUGACCUAACCCAGGCUGCCACUAAAAACAAUGAUCAACUGCGCCAAGCCAAGCAGGAGAUGAUGGAAUUCCGGCACCAGAUCCAGUCAUACACCUGUGAGAUUGACGCACUCAAGGGCACGAAUGACUCCUUGAUGAGACAGAUGAGGGAGAUGGAAGAGCGCUUUGCUGGUGAGGCUGGCAAUUAUCAAGACACCAUCCAGAGGCUUGAAGAGGAGAUCCGACACUUGAAGGAUGAGAUGGCACGGCACCUGCGCGAAUACCAGGACUUGCUCAAUGUCAAGAUGGCUCUUGACGUGGAGAUUGCCACCUACCGCAAGCUGCUGGAAGGCGAGGAGAGCAGAAUUUCACUGCCUAUCCAAACCUUUUCUGCAAUCAACUUCCGAGAGACCAGUCCAGAGCAGCGGAGCUCUGAGCUCCAUACCAAGAAAACUGUGACUAUCAAAACCAUUGAGACACGUGAUGGGGAGGUGGUGAGUGAAGCCAUGCAGCAGCAACAUGAAAUGCUGUAGAUCCAGUCAUCCCUAGAGAGGCAGCUGGCCCAUCUCAACCCUCUCCCUCCCGUGCACAAAGAGCUGGGGCUGUGGGCUCUCACACACUCUCCUGCAUACCCAUGUUGUGAUUGCUCUGUGGGAGAGCCCCACACACAA